AUGUCUACCGUUUUAUCUACUACCUCUUCUUUAUCUACAAAUGCUAUCCAUCAAACAUUUCAAAUUUUGUCUUCUCAAGCAAAUAUACCACCUGCACCACAUUGGUAUUCACGUUCUGAGCAAACUUAUGAAGCAGCUGAAGCGAGAUUAUUAUCAAAAAUGCAAUAUUAUGGAAUGGAAGGGAAAACAACAGGUACACCGGGGGACUCGAAAACAAUUGUUCGUAUUGGUUUAGUCGAUUUGGAUGGUGAUGGAGUCAGAAAAAUAAAUACUUUGUCUGUUGAUAAUGAGCUUGGUUUUACUCUAAUAUCACAAACAAAUUUAUCCGUUAGAUCUCAUACCGCCGCAUUUAAUGAAAAUUCUCCUGCAAAGAAUCUAGUUAUGUGUCAUGGUUUUGGAGCUGGAUUAGGAUUUUUUUAUCGUAAUUAUCAUGCUCUUAGUCAAGUUCCAGGUUGGAGAAUAUAUAGUAUUGAUUGGCUGGGAAUGGGUAGAAGUUCUAGACCAAAAUUUAACGUGAAAGGAAAAACAGUCGAUGAAAGUGUUGAAGAAACUGAGAAUUUCUUUAUAGAUUCGCUUGAAAAAUGGCGACAAAUACAUAAAAUUGAAAAAAUGACAUUGUUAGGUCACAGUUUAGGAGGUUAUUUAGCUGCCGUAUACGCACUGAAAUAUCCAGAGCAUAUUGAAAGAUUAAUAAUGGUUUCUCCUGUUGGAGUCCCU